CCGAAUGACAACAACACCCAUGCUGUUGCGUCAUGACAUGAAUAGAUUAUUAGGUUGACCAGUGGUCAGUCACCAGCGGCGGCAGUUAGACGGACUGAAUGUUGCUCCAUCCAACUUACGAAGACACUACCAUAGCAAAUUUCUAGAACUUGGUUCACUUCAUAUUUUUGUGUCGCGCAAUAGAUAUACACUCCGCGGGCUUUUCAAACGGAAAACUUUGUGUACUAUAGAAGAAAUUUUGACAGAUCAGCUGUCCCAUAAACCGCACCAUGCAUCAAGUUAGUUUCGUUUUGGUGUUCUUUAACACGCUCUUGUUUUGCACGUGUGGACCAGGAUUUGCUGACGUUGACAGAAGUAAAUAUGAGGAUGGAAAAUCCCGUUUUGAAGUCAUUGAUAGUCAGGCAAGGUUACCCAAAUAUGGGCAGUGUUGGCAGAGUGCUAUAGCGGUCAUUCAGAAAGGCUGCAAACAGCUGACACAUAUUGUACAAAACCGAUUAGCUUUGGCCUAUUUAAACUGUUUUCUUGAGGAUCAAGGCCGCUUGACCUAUCCAUGCGACGUGGAAGAAUCAAUCUCAUCCUGUACAAAACAUAUGUCUGAUGUUGACCGAGGAUCUUUUACAACGUUUUUUACAUACACCCAAAACAUUUGUUAUUUUCUAGAAUCACAGAUUUGGCAUCAAGAAACAGAACAAACCAUAACACGAUUAGCUCACAGUUCUGAAAAUGUGGCUGACCGUCUUGAGGAAAGUAGCAAAUUACAAGAAGCUAUGAUUGGACAACAAAAUUUAACUCUACAAAAUCAGGAAAUCAUUCUAGAUAAAGCUGCAAAUUUAAGUGACAUAAUAUCAACAUCAUCGGAUAACAUGCAUGAACUGUAUACAGAAUUUAAAAAAUCUACAAUUGAACAAAAGCUGUUAAUAAAUGACAUGUUUGAUAAAGUCACCAAGCUUCAAACUAUGGUGCUUGGAGAAUUUUCAGGAUUUUAUUCCAUGAUAUACUAUACAGUUUCUGUGAUAAUGUCCUACCUAUUGACCUCAUCACAAAGGACGGCAAGUGCUCGAUUCUGGCUGUUUGGUAUUUUAACCAUUGGAAUAAUUGCUGAGAGGGCCAUGGUUUCCAUCCUCAAUGGUGCAUCAUCAUUUCACGUCGACAUACCCAUGGAGACGGAUCUUGAAGAGAUGGUGUACACCAACCAGUGGCUUUGCAGAAAGGUAUGCGGAGGUUUGGCAUUGGUCAUCCUAGCCAUAUUUGCAUACCGUUAUCGUGACAUCAACACCAUCAACAAUGAACUCCUCAUGGACAUAAAACGACAGAACUCGGAGCUCCGGCAAUACCUCUUAAACACAACACCGACAGGUACCUUUGGAUUAAAAAAUCAGGAGUUUUCUAAUUCCCAAUCCAGCAUGCUGACCUCCUCUUCUCCAUUGGCAGUAGCUGCAGAUUCAACAGGAUAUGAAACUGAUUCUGCUGUUAGUGACUGCAGCUACUUCACGGAUACUGAAUCUGUAACCACGGGAACAGACCACACCUUCCAGCCAGCACUGACCAACUGGGAGGACUCGGAGAAUGAAACCUGUUCUUCUGUCACGCCGUCGGAUAUUUCUCGGAUUACUCAACAAGUGACUGAUUUUGGAAAACCAUGUUCUGACUUGCCCUUAAAUAUUGAUACCUGGGCCAAAACUGGUUUCUACAGACAUUCUACACCAAUUGCAAAAAAUAAUGGUUCCGAUCUUGAUUCGUCCAUAGCAGAAUCUGUCAAACAAAGGCGGAAUAGAUCACAGACACCAGAGCAAUGUACCAGCGAUACAACGCCAAGAUACUGUUUUAGACCGAGAACUAGACGUUUAAACGACAAUCCUGUCACAAGAUCGGAGUCUCCAAGGACAUUUUCACGUGUGGUCAAACAACUGGAACGGAUUGCAGUGACAAACAGCAUGUUGGCCACCACUUACACCAUCAAAAGGAAAAGUAAUAUCUCCGAUGUGUCAGAUUAUGAUGGCGGUGAACAUCGGUGAUUCUGUACUGCGACUGAAAAACUUACCUCUGUGUGGGGUCAGUGCUGCUCAAUGUGAUAGCUGGGUUUGAAAAAUGUUGGAAGUAAUGUCUAGGUGCAUAUAUUUUAACCUCUUUAAUGCAACCAACUUUUUCUCUGAAAAUUCCCAAUACACCCAUUGUAUGUAACUAAAUUGUGAUAGGGAAAUAAGUUCUUUGGAGGUUUACCGAGAAAUGGUUUCUUGUAAAAAUGUAAUAUCAGCAUGAUCAAGUCUAGAUUGUUUGUCUUGGGCUAAAACUUCUACAGUAGAGUUGUUGGUCAUCUCGUCACAGACACAGCUCAAUGACCUUGUGGUCACAGUUCUUGCCAAUACUCAGGUGUGUCACCAGACAUUUUCUUAAUCUUUUAUACAAUAUACAACAUU